AAAGCUAAAGCACAAAGAGCUAGCUAGAGGUAUGGAAAUGCUCAAUCUUCGUUUCAUAGCUUUAGCUGCUGUUGCUGUGUUUGGAAUUCUAUUCACUAGUGAACUUGAUGUGGUUCUGGGGCAAGCCGCUUGUCAAGGUGACAUGCAGGGUCUGAUAACGCAAUGUGAACCUUAUGUUAUGAAGGGCAGUUUGUUGCCGCCAACGGGAUCUGAAGGAUGCUGCGCUGCGAUAAAAACGUUAGACAUUCCAUGCGCGUGCCAGCACGUGACCAAGGUGGUCGAGACGGUGGUUGACAUGGGCAAGGUGGUUAAGGUCGUCAGGUCCUGCGGUAUCCCUGUUCCUGAAGGAAUGAAGUGUGGAAGUUAUACAGUUCCACCGGGAAGUCGUUAGUGAUCGUAUGUGUAUCAAAGUUAAACAGAGUGCUAGUUGAAAUAAAGACACAGAUGUUCCUGUCGAAAAAUGUAAUCUGAAAAAGUUUAUAUAAAAUCUAUGGAUUAAUCCAA